AUGGCAGUGGCUUUAGGAGCACUCUGGGCCUGGAGUGUCUUCAACAAAGCUGUCAUAUCGUACUAUUCUAGCAAGUACAAACCCGUGCCCUUGCCUGAAAAGCAUAACUACAGCCACAAAGACGUGAGCAUUAUCGUUCCGAUAAUCGACACCGAGUCGACCUUCACCGAGUGCAUGCGUCUCUGGCUCAAGGCCAAUCCUCGUGAGAUCAUCAUCGCAACCGUCGAGCGGAACAAGGCCCGUGUCCUGCAGCUUAUCGAGCCACUCCGGCAGCAUGCUGACAAGAUCAUCAUCGUGACUGCGCCGCUGGCCAAUAAACGUCACCAGCUGAUAGUCGGUGUCAAAGCGGCUAGAGGGAAAAUCUUCGCUUUGGUGGAUGACGAUGUUUACUGGCGCGUCGACACCGUUGUCUCCUACCUCUUGGCUCCGUUUGAAGAUGCCGAGGUCGGUGCGGUUGCCGGUAUACAAAGCGCCGAGGUCCCGCCCGAGCGCCAAGAUGCACGAGUCAUUACUCCCUGGGAAGCAACUGCGACGUUUGACUUGAACCAGUGGAAAAGCUCUCGGGAGGUGCACUUCGCUGCGGAUGGAGGCUGCUGGUGCCUGUCGGCACGAACACUGUUCAUCCGUGCUUCUAUCCUCCAGGACCAGAGCUUCGCCGAUGCAUACACACAGGAGGUCAUCGGCCGCCGGAUCGUGAACACCGCUGACGAUAAUACCCCCGAAGCCGAAGUCACCACCAACAUCCCUCGGGACCACAGGUUUGUGUGGCAGCUGCUUCGUUGGGACCGGGGGAACUUUCGCACUUUUCUGGGGUAUAUCUUUGUAUUCCCUGGCUAUAGAAAAUUGAUGCAGAGACACCCAUACACGACAUCCAAGAUGGUUGAGCGCCUCGCUCGUCCCAUCUGGGCCCUUGCAUACGUUUGGGCUUGGCUUCAAACGUGGCACACAGCGCCAUGGAUCGCCUACGCAUACAUUGCUUGGAUGGCCUUUGGAUGGAACGGAUACCUUUCAACGUACCGAGGAUUCCUCAAACGGUACCCCUAUUGUGGACGGCAAGUGUGGGCGUUUCUUCUCAUGGACUGUAUUGGCCCCAUCGUGGACAUAUACGUCUACUUGACGAUGAACAACGAUAACUGGUUGACUAGGACAGCGGACACGAAGGAUAUUGAUGAUUAG